CCCGAUUACACAAUCCGCCGCCGGCUCUUCCCACUCCAUUGACAACCUGCCGGCUCAUUUGCGGUUGACGUCUCGUCUUCUUUUCGUGUGCAAUCCCACACAUCAUUUCAUCGACAGCGCCGCCGCCGCCGCCAUGGAGGAACCCGCUGCCGAGAAGCGCAGCGUGUCCACGCCGGCUGCCGACGACGACGACGACGCGAACAAGUCGUCUACUGCUACUAAUCACCGCACCGCGUCGCCAGCGCCUUCAGCCAAAGCUGCCGCCGCGCCCGACGCUGCAACGCAGGCCGCAACUCUGGCCGAACGAGAGGUAGCCGCGGCCAAGACGGCAGCCGAGCAACAGCAACAGCAACAGCAGAAGCGUCGGGACGCAUCACCGCAACAGGACCGCCCGCAGGCCCCUACGCCGCCGGCCGAGCCGCGGCUUCAUCAAGAGUCCCAAGAGGAGGAGCCCGAGGCCCGUUCUUAUGAGCGGAGCACCAGCAAGCCUCUGGUUGAGUCGCCAGAGCGUGAUGACAACGACGACAACGACGGUGAUGAGCGUCCGCCGACUGGCGCCGCUACGGACUCUGUGUAAGUUUCGGUUUCUCUUUUACAACUAUGCUGCAUUUCCAAUUCGCAUGGCCGUUUUCGUCUUUGUCGUGAGUGCCUCGAGCACGGAAAACCUCCACAUUCCCUACCUUAUCUAUGGGACGCAGACUGUGUCGAUUGGCAUGCGCCAGUUGCUGCUGCCAACCUAAGCAAGUGCUGGGAGGUUACGCAACCUUGCAAAACCACCUCACAGCGCAACUCUCGCUCUCUUGCCACUCCGAGCGAGCACGCAGAUCUAUCCGGCAGGAACGUGAGCGCUCCUGCCCUACUCCGCUCUGGACUAUCUGCUCCUUCCCUCUCGUGGCCGCCACUUGCCCCAAAAAGCAAGCGUGCCAGUGGCAUAAGGCAGGGAGGGUAUCGGUACUUUUCAGUCGCGGCAUCAGGCGCCGCUUCCCACCUGAGCACUGCCACGGCUGCGCACUCUAUGGUUGGCAUUGGGUUAGUACCCAAGCCAAAGUACCGCUACCAUUGAAGGUUUUGCUGGCUGGCUGGCUGGCUGGAGUGCAAGUGCGUGCACGGCCCAAAAAGAGCGCCGCUUCAGCCCACGCAGUAAUUGCUGGAUCCAUCCGUUCAGUCCCCGAUUCAUUCCCCGUUGAGCUUCUUUCUCACCUUGCCCUCUCACUCUCACUCUCUCUCCCUCAUCCCUCCCUGAACGCAUCACCUCGGGCAACUCGUUGGCAACUCGCAUCUCUGGCAAUACACUUCCCUUGACACCAAGGUCCGUCUUCGAGCAAUCUGCUUGCCAUCUGCCGCUCUCUUCGUCGCCCUUGUCUGCCCGAAUCCGUCUUGUCAGACGUCGAGUUGGUUGCGCCUCUCCGACUGCCCUGCCCACAGACCAUAGUUGCCUUUGCAACCAACCACAGGUGUCACCAACAAGGGCAGAGUGAGUAAGGCCUCGCCGACCAUUCGGGUUCUUGUUUUUGCCCUCCUCUCGCGCUAUUUGACUUUUAACGGCUUUCGUCAUCAGCCUGCGGGUCGAACCAGCCCCGGCGCUUUGCCGCCAAGAGUCAACUCGCUCAAGUGUCGGCAAACCUCAAAGAGACGCUCGACUCUAGCGGAUGCCCCUGGCGUCUUUUCCUGGCCGUUGCGCGCCUGAGCGACUGUCUUCGACGUUGCAACCGGCUGGUCUUUUCCCCCGUGCCACUUUGGGCCGCGCAUCCAUUCGUUGGGUUCUCGUCUUCAACCCCGUCGUGGCUUGCGUUUCGAACCUGUGUCACCCCUGCGCGUUGCACCGACUUCAGCCUGGAUGGGAGCAAGCUGUCUGCUUGUCAUUGCUUCCGUUCUCGUCUCUUUGCGCUUUUUCUUUCCCUAACCUCAUUCCGCCUAUUUGUCGCUAGUGGCCCGGCCGCUGAAGCCUGGUGGAGCAUUCGUUCUUCACCAGCCACCAAGAGACUCAUACACAGCCCAACCAUCUCGUAUUAGUUUGAAUUUGGACAAUGAAAUCCGAUGACAAGUGUCGUCACCGCGGCCCAGCCGAUCAAUCCAGCCUGUCUCCAACUACAGCAACUUACAUACCCAUCAGGCAGCCCAACGGCCACAAAAGCAACGGCGUGGCCGAGGACGGAGAGGCGGAGAGCGAACUGAGCGAACCCGACAGCAAUCUUCACUCGCCACCCACUGCGGCGCCUGUCGCUGACCCCGAAGACGAGAUAAUCGUCGAGGCCCGUGCCGACAAGGAGCAGAAGCCCCAGGUCCCCGCACCUGCGCCGGCCAACGAGGAUGCCGUAAUGGAAGACGCCCAAGACGAAGCUGCAGUCUCUCAUUACCCCAAACGGAAGCGCACCUCGCUGUAUCCUGACCUGAGUGAGACUAAGAUGGAAAACUCGCAAACGGCGCCCGCUGCACCAGCUGCUCCCCCCACCGCCAGGGACGCCAGGAAGCCCAGGGUGCCUAGAGAAACCUCGGUCAAGGCCGCCCUUCUUGGCUCCUGGAGAGAUUCCCCCGUUCCCGAGCCUGAGCGCCGACACGCUGUUAUCGGCUUCAUCGACGUGCGCGAACGGCUCCGCACCCGCGUCCAGCCACACACUACUGCCGGUGACCCCAUUGACGACUAUCGGCUGCCUCCUGGGCCUGGCGGCAGCUGGGUCACGUUCGAGCGCAUUGUCUUCGCCGAGCACCUGGUCGGGCUGGAUCACUCCCAGAUCAAAGAGUAUGUCCGGCUGGUUGCCCAGAUGCAGGCAGGCCAGUCAAUGGAGAUGUCAGACGAACAGCUCGUCAGAGAGGCCAUAGCCUGCGCCAAGGCAAACCCGGCGUACGAGAAUCCCGUCGUGGCGCCCUCGAUUGCCUAUGGUUUGGAGCUGCCUGAUCGCGGAUCGUCUCGCCCCGAAUCAAAGCGCCGGAAGACGAGCACGGGCUUUGCCGCCAUCAACACCAACUCGGCUGACGCUGCCACACCUCCUCCAGACUCGGCAAAAGCCUUGACUCCGCCUCAGUCAAUGGCGUCGCACCAGACUCGCUUCUCAGUCGACCCUCUCCCAGGAACCCGCCCGACACGCAUCCUGCUCGGAUACUGGAAGCCGUCCAGUGAGCCUGAUCCCAGAGAUCGACACGCCGUCUACGGGAUCCUCGGACAGAAUGACAUGUUCAGGGUCAAAGUGGUUCGAGAGACGCGGGACGGUCGCUACGUCGACGGCAACUUCCCGGUGGGCGCGGGAGCCCUCUGGAUUCAGUACGAUGAGGUCGAGUUUGAAGACCACCUCAAGGCUCUCCAACGCUCUGAGAUCAAGGAGUACUGCCGCGUCCGACAGUACCAGCUUGAUAAUGGCGAGACGCCGGACCAGAGGAUCGAAAACGAGACCAAGGCGGUCUUUGACGCACAGGCCCGUGCCGGAAGCGGUCUCAAGAUUUCUAGUAACGCAGCGAGCUUCAGCACAGUUGCGUCUGCCGGCGCCGAUGGUGACGCGACAUCCCGGUCUGGCUACGGCGGUCAUGAACUGCGUCAAUCUCGCAGGAUCGAGCCCCGGCCAGACGGCCGUAACCUCCGCCAUUCCCUCAACGAAAACGAUUUACGAUCGACUCAGCAGCGCGCCCAGGUCAGUGGUAACGCGGCCGCCCUCGAGCGAACCAACGCCAUGGCGCGGCGGGAACUCGCCAGAGCCGAGGCCGCCCAGGUCCGCGCCGAUCGUCACGCUACGAACCGCGAGCGCGCGGCCGCGGCUGCAGCUGCUGCAGAUGCUACCACCGCUGCCGCUGCUGCCGCGGCCGCGACGUCUGUGUCGAUGACAAACGGCCGCGUCCUGUUCCACGAGUCGGACGAUGUGCAGCGACUCAACGACGUCUGGGAGCGCCAGGAGACGCUGCGUGUUAAGGCCGGCGCAGAGGAGGCCAAGUUCUACGACGGUGUCAAGUACGAGCGCAAGCCUACCGGCCCAUUUGUUGGCAAGCUCGUCUCGCAGGGCACCAUUAUCAACAUUGAAGGCGAUGACUAUGUCGAGUACCGUGUUCUCCUCAAGCCCUCCUUCUUUUAAUAAGGUCACCAUCAUCGCGCCUCGCAUCGUCCCGCGAGGCUGCUCGGAGAGUGUCGAACUCUACUUACGUUGACAGCGCUGAUAUUUUCAACGCUACUGGGGACGGUACGGUACAAAAAGAGAGGAUUUCUGUCUUUCUUGUUGGCGAAACUAAAAUGGAACAAUGCUCGCGCCGCGUUCUUGCGUCUGUGGUUUUGAGAUCUUCAACUGUUUCAUGCGCGCGGUACACACGGUCGAGGGACACAGGCGUGGUUCCUGCCAAUGGCUUGCUGGUUGUGUUGUUUUUUUGGUCAGGAACCCCUAUGUCCACUCACUCCUCUAUCGGGGGCUUGUCGGUUUCCUCUAAUGGGGUAAUUCUUACGCGAUGGGAUUCGCGCGGCGGUUUAUGUUUGCACCCAGAGCGUGUAUGCGACAGGAGGGCUUGCAAGAAAGAAACCCCCUCCCAGGGAUGGAUGGGCGGACUGGUGGGACCGCGGGGUUUCGCACGGUGACAAUGGAGAAUGGAGUUACGGGAGACGGAACACGGUACUUAUACCCGGUAGUUGCUGUUGUUUCCCCCUCAAGUUUGAGUAUAAUUGAACCUGCAUGAAGUC